AUGCCCCGGCCGGAGCUACCCCUGCCGGAGGGCUGGGAGGAGGCGCGCGACUUCGACGGCAAGGUCUACUACAUAGACCACACGAGCCGCACCACCAGCUGGAUAGACCCGCGGGACAGGUACACCAAGCCGCUCACCUUUGCCGACUGCAUCAGUGAUGAGCUGCCUCUGGGAUGGGAAGAGGCGUACGACCCACAGGUUGGAGAUUACUUCAUCGACCACAACACCAAAACCACUCAGAUCGAGGACCCCCGGGUACAAUGGCGGCGGGAGCAGGAACACAUGCUGAAGGACUACCUGGUGGUGGCCCAGGAGGCCCUGAGUGCACAGAAGGAGAUCUACCAGGUGAAGCAGCAGCGCCUGGAGCUUGCCCAGCAGGAGUAUCAGCAGCUGCAUGCCGUCUGGGAGCACAAGCUGGGCUCCCAGGUCAGCUUGGUCUCUGGUUCGUCAUCCAGCUCUAAGUAUGACCCUGAGAUCCUGAAAGCGGAAAUUGCCACUGCAAAAUCCCGGGUCAACAAGCUGAAGAGAGAAAUGGUCCAUCUCCAGCAGGAGCUACAGUUCAAAGAGCAUGGCUUUCAGACCCUGAAGAAAAUCGAUAAGAAAAUGUCUGAUGCUCAGGGCAGCUACAAACUGGAUGAAGCUCAGGCUGUCUUGAGAGAAACGAAAGCCAUCAAAAAGGCCAUCACCUGUGGAGAGAAGGAAAAGCAAGAUCUCAUUAAGAGCCUUGCGAUGCUGAAGGACGGCUUCCGGACCGACAGAGGGUCCCACUCUGACCUGUGGUCCAGCAGCAGCUCUCUGGAGAGUUCGGGCUUCCCGCUGCCGAAACAGUACCUGGACGUGAGCUCCCAGACAGACAUCUCGGGAAGUUUCAGCACCAGCAGCAACAAUCAGUUGGCGGAGAAGGUCAGAUUGCGCCUUCGAUAUGAAGAGGCUAAGAGGAGGAUCGCCAACCUGAAGAUCCAGCUGGCCAAGCUGGACAGCGAGGCCUGGCCCGGAGUGCUGGACUCGGAGAGGGACCGGCUGAUCCUCAUCAACGAGAAGGAGGAGCUGCUGAAGGAGAUGCGCUUCAUCAGCCCCCGCAAGUGGACCCAGGGGGAGGUGGAGCAGCUGGAGAUGGCCCGGAAGCGGCUGGAGAAGGACCUGCAGGCGGCCCGGGACACCCAGAGCAAGGCGCUGACCGAGAGGUUAAAGUUAAACAGUAAGAGGAACCAGCUGGUGAGAGAACUGGAGGAAGCCACCCGGCAGGUGGCAGCUCUGCAUUCCCAGCUGAAAAGCCUCUCAAGCAGCAUGCAGUCCCUGUCCUCGGGCAGCAGCCCUGGCUCCCUGGCGUCUAGCCGGGGCUCCCUGGCUGCCUCCAGCCUGGACUCCUCCGCCUCCGCCAGCUUCACUGACCUCUACUAUGACCCCUUCGAGCAGCUGGACUCGGAACUGCAGAGCAGGGUGGAGUUCCUGCUCCUAGAGGGGGCCACAGGCUUCCGGCCCUCGGGCUGCAUUACCACCAUCCACGAGGACGAAGUAGCCAAGACCCACAGGGCCGAGGGCAGCAGCCGCCUCCAGGCCCUGCGCUCCCUGACCGGCACCCCGAAGUCCAUGACCUCUCUGUCUCCGCGCUCCUCCCUCUCCUCCCCAUCCCCGCCCUGCUCCCCUCUCAUCGAUGACCCCCUCCUGGCUGGAGACGCCUUCCUGAGCCCCCUGGAGUUUGAAGAUCCGGAGCUGAGUGCCACUCUUUGCGAACUGAGCCUUGGCAGCAGCACCCAGGAGAGGUACCAGCUGGAGGAGCCAGGAACAGAGGGCAAGCCGUUGGGCCCAGCUGUGAAUGCGGCCCAGGGGUGUGGCCUCAAGGUGGCCUGUGUCUCAGCUGCCGUGUCGGACGAAUCUGUGGCCGGGGACAGUGGCGUGUAUGAGGCUUCCGUGCAGAGGCUUGGCGCCUCAGAAGCCCCUGCUUUCGACAGUGACGAGUCAGAAGCAGUGGGAGCAACCCGGGUUCAGGUUGCCCUGAAGUAUGACGAGAAGAAUAAGCAGUUUGCAAUAUUAAUCAUCCAGCUGAGUAACCUGUCGGCUCUGUUGCUGCAGCAAGACCAGAAAGUGAACAUCCGCGUGGCUGUCCUUCCCUGCUCCGAAAGCUCCACCUGCCUGUUCCGGACUCGGCCCCUGGAAGCCUCGGACACCCUUGUGUUCAACGAGGUGUUCUGGGUGUCCAUGUCCUACCCAGCCCUUCACCAGAAGACCUUAAGAGUCGACGUUUGUACCACCGAUCAGAGCCAUCUGGAGGAUUGCCUGGGAGGCGCCCAGAUCAGCCUGGCUGAGGUCUGCCGGUCUGGGGAGAGGUCGACUCGCUGGUACAACCUCCUGAGCUACAAAUACUUGAAGAAACAGAGCAGGGAGCCCAAGCCAUUGGGCGGCCGGGCCCCCACCCCAGGGCCCGAAAACACGGACGCUGUGUCUGCUCUGUUGGAGCAGACAGCCGUGGAGCUGGAGAAGAGGCAGGAGGGAAGAAGCAGCGCCCAGGCCCUGGGAGACAGCUGGAGGUUUGAGGAGGAGACCAGUGACACCGAGGCAGCAGCAGAGGGGGGAGAGGAGGACCUUUUUGCUGAGAAAUCCUCACCAGAUACAGACGAGUGCCCAGCGUUAAAGGUGGACAAAGAGACCAACACGGAGACCCCGUCCCUGUCCCCCACAGUGGUGCGGCCCAAGGACCGCCGGGUGGGCACGCCCUCCCCAGGGCCAUUUCUUCGAGGAAGCACCAUCAUCCGCUCUAAGACCUUCUCCCCCGGUCCCCAGAGCCAGUACGUGUGCCGGCUGAACCGGAGUGACAGUGACAGCUCCACACUGUCGAAGAAGCCACCUUUUGUUCGAAACUCCCUGGAGCGGCGCAGCGUCCGGAUGAAGCGGCCUUCAUCCUUCAAAUCCCUGCGCAACGAGCGCCUGAUGCGCACCUCGCUGGACCUCGAGUUAGACCUGCAGGCCACCAGGACCUGGCACAGCCAGCUGACUCAGGAGAUCUCGGUGCUGAAGGAGCUCAAGGAGCAGCUCGAACAAGCCAAGAGCCACGGGGAAAAGGAGCUGCCGCAGUGGCUGCGGGAGGACGAGCGCUUCCGCCUGCUGCUGAGGCUGCUGGAGCGGCAGAUGGACCGCGCAGAGCACAAGGGCGAGCUUCAGACGGACAAGAUGAUGCGGGCCGCCGCCAAGGAUGUGCACAGGCUCCGAGGCCAGAGCUGUAAGGAGCCCCCCGAAGUGCAGUCUUUCAGGGAGAAGAUGGCAUUUUUCACCCGGCCUCGGAUGAAUAUCCCGACCCUCUCUGCAGACGACGUCUAAUCACCAGAAAAGUAUUUCCUUUGUUCCAUGGACCAUGCUGUGAACAGAGACUGUGGCUAACGUUAUUUAUGUGGUGUUAUAUGAAGGUACCGAGUCACACGUCCUCUAGCGCUCCUGUUGGUUUGAAGAUGAAGAUUUUUUAGUUUGGGUUCUAUUAUUAUUAAAAAAAAAAAAACUACAAAAACAAAAAAACCAGCAUUAAAAUGACAAGAUUGUAUAGUUUGUAUAUUUAGGAAUGUAUUUUUGAGAAAGAAGAUUUAAAUGAACUAAAGCAGUGUCCCGGUUGCUGCUCUUCUUAAAAUAAAAUUGUUUAGACUUUU